CGGGGCGGCAUGGCGUUCCGGCAGGCUCUGCAGCUCGCGGCCUGCGGGCUGGCCGGGGGCUCGGCCGCCGUGCUCUUCUCGGCGGUCGCGGUGGGCGAGCCGCCGGCCUGGGCCGGGAGCGCGCGGGCGAGGCCCGGCGUCUGGGACCCGAACUGGGACAGGCGAGAACCACUUUCUCUAAUCAACCUGAGAAAGAGGAAUGUGGAAUCUGGAGAAGAAGAACUAGCGUCCAGGCUAGACCAUUACAAAGCCAAGGCCACAAGGCACAUCUUCCUCAUCAGGCAUUCCCAGUACCAUGUGGAUGGCUCCAUGGAAAAGGACCGGACUCUGACCCCCCUGGGCCGGGAACAGGCUGAACUUACCGGACUCCGACUUGCGAGCUUGGGGUUGAGGUUUAAUAAAAUUGUCCAUUCCUCCAUGACACGUGCUGUCGAGACCACAGACAUCAUCAGCAAGCACCUGCCAGGUGUCUGCAGAGUCAGUACAGAUCUGCUGCGGGAAGGCGCUCCCAUCGAGCCCGACCCUCCUGUGUCUCACUGGAAGCCAGAUGCUGUGCAGUAUUAUGAAGAUGGAGCCCGGAUUGAAGCUGCCUUCCGGAACUAUAUCCACCGGGCAGAUGCCAAACAAGAAGAGGACAGCUACGAAAUCUUCAUAUGUCAUGCCAAUGUCAUUCGCUACAUUGUGUGCAGAGCCCUACAGUUUCCUCCGGAAGGUUGGCUCCGUCUGUCCCUCAACAAUGGGAGCAUCACUCACUUGGUGAUUCGACCCAAUGGUCGUGUUGCUCUCAGAGCUCUUGGGGACACAGGAUUCAUGCCCCCCGAGAAGAUCACCCGGUCCUGAGGCUACCUGUGAGAUCCUUUUCAAGUGGCAUCCCGACUCGAGCCUUCUUUCCCUGUCCAGGCAGCACUACAGUGUCAUUUUGUGUUUCAACGAAGAGGCUGGCAGGAAAGUACGCAAAUGUCUCAUGCUGUAUUUGGGUGCUUAUUUUUAGCCCACGCUAAAAAGGGAAACCAUUCUGGCCAGUGGCUUCUCUACCCUAUGUGCCCUUUCAGAACAACCCUGUGAAGUGUGGGGCAAAAAAUUCUCAGGCAAAGGCAGGCUUGUUCUAGGGAGAGCUGGCUUCAUUGAGAUUUGCACUAAGGUCUUGACCACAGCUGCCCAGUAAUCCCGGGUUUGAUAGAAAGCCUGUCAGACAAGAUGGCCUUUUGUUUCCACCUCAUUUUGCUUCUUAUACUCUUCAUUUCUGAAAACUCUUGUCAUUUAAGUAUUUUUGAUUUUCUUUACCUGGGGUCUUGGUAUAUAUAUGUGCAGGUAGACCUGAACCUUAAGGGAAGGAAUAAAGCUGUGGAAAAGCUACGGCCUGCUCCUUUGAGAAGUCGUAGGUGGAUAACUGUCCUGUAGGGUGUUUCCUGGAGCCAAUAAAGUAUCUUGGCCUGUGGGAGCAUAGGGACUCACACUGUAACCCUAGCGCUUGGGAAGACAAGAGGAUCUCAAACAGAAGUAUCCAGGACUGAGCUUGCCACUGGCUUCUGUUAAUCUUGUCGGUUAGAGUACUUAGAAAUGACAAGUUUACCCCAAAUGUUAAGAAAAUCAAUUUCUAUAUGGUAGAAAUGCUCUCAUAAGCAUGUUCUAUAUCAGCAGAAUUGGGAUAUUUGGGUGGCUCCAUUUUCUUUGUAAAUAACCAUGUAAUAAAGCUUCAGUGGUGUUUUUUA